CGAGAAGCUCUUUCUUCUUCUUCUUUCUCCAUCUCCCUUGUUCCUUUUCUCUACUCUUUCUACCACAUUUCUCAACGAUAACUAACUCUCUAUCUACCUACCCCUGCAUUUGCAUCCGCAUCUGCACCCUCACUAUGCCUAGUGACGACACCUCUAACCAGAACCGAAAUUCCGCUCCCUCCGAUUCCCGCCGAUGGCCCGAUGACGAGACCGCGUUGGACGCUGUCCGCCGUUUCGCCGACGAACAAGUCUCGUCCGUGCUCCAGUCGGUGAUGGGCAUUCCCUCCAUGUCCUCGCGGCCCUCUCGCGACCACUGGGCCAUCUUUGACGAGGAAGCUUUCCGCAGGAGAGACGGCGGCGGCGACGCGAAGGGGGACAACCAUGCGCCAGGCACAGCGGACAAUACCGACCACCACAACCAGCGCCACAACCGCUAUCCCGCGCAUUCUUGGACUGAGUGGGAGGAUCAAUGGUACGCAGAUAACCAUCCCAGAUGGCGCAGAAGCGACCGAGACAGCAUCUUCGACUUUUUCUUCGACCGGGCCUCCUUGUUCGACAGCCCUUUCUCCUCCCACUUCUUCCAACCCUUCCACCGCUCCAUGUUCUCGGAUUUCGCUAGCAACUCUUUCGGAUGGCCCUUCUCUUACCUCAUAUUCAGCCCUUACUCCCCCUUGCACCUGGAACGCCAGAACCAGUACCACUCCCACCACGACAGGGGUGUCUUUUCGUCGCUCAUGUCCUCGUUGAGCCUGUCCUCGGAGAAUGAGAACAACAACCCCGCUACGGAGACACACUGGCGCGAAGCUUUCGAGGACCUUAUUCGACUGGAAAAUGGCAAACCCAUGCUCGAUCAGGACACCACUGCGCUGGCGAAGAGGGAGACCCCGAGAGAUUGGCUGUACGGUCUAGCGAAACGGGGUAGUUUGGGCGACCAGUGGAAGAUUUCCGAAAGCGGAAGAGAUGGCCGGUCAAACCCGAUGCUUGUUUUCCACAACUACACCUCGGACCGCGGCGAUGUCAAUGAACUAUCUCGAGAGAUAACCGCAGACGACAACGAGACCGAAACUUUGACGGAACUGGACAUGUUCGAUCGCUUCUUCGAGGACGCUGCUGCUCGUGAAAGCAAGGCCUUUGCCGAUAUGUUCGAGAGCCCUGUACUGCGCUUGCUGCUGGAGGAUAGGCGGAGACUUCGCGAGGCCGACAAAUGGCUGGAGCCUGUGUCUGACAAGCAGAACGACAACACAGUCCCUGAGAACCAGCAGCAGCAGCAGCAGCAGCAGCAGCAACAGCAGCUAACCCCAGUGACGCAACCAACUACGACCACAGAACAACCAACCGUGAUCUCAACUAUGACGAGAACCGAGCGUGUCCGACUCCCCGAUGGGUCCACUCAGAAGAAGACCGUCUGGACAAAGCGAUUCUCCGAUGGUCGUGAAGAGAGCAACGAGACGACGGAAGUUCUGAACCCCCCUCAUGGACAGAACAGUACAGGAGACUCUUCAUCCGCCAAUCGGAAGGAAACCGGCUGGUUCUGGAGAGAUUAGACAGUACUUGGCUGUCGUUUCACUCUUUUCUUCUUUUAUUCCUCAUACUAUACCUAUAUGCUCUGAUCUUAAGGAUCUACUUAACGUCGUUGUCAAUUAGCGCUGAUUAUCACUGCUGGCGUUGCUUUCCAAAAGCAUUUCUUUUCUUUACCAAACUCAUAUCCUGUCUCUACGAUUUCCUAUCUGUCUAUAUCUCACUGAUGCUGAUACCAAUCUACAAUUCAAGUUCGAUCUUUUCUUUCUUUUCAAUGUGUCUCCAUAUUUCCAAGU